UUGUAAUAUAUUAACUCGCAAAAAUGUUGUUAAGAUCUAGUGCCAUAUUAGCUCGGUCCAUGAGCUUAGAAGUCCGUCACCUUCUACUCGAAAGCAAAAUAGUUAUCUCUCCGAGAAACACGCGAGGAAUUUGUAGUGUUAUUAUGAAUUCCUACCAUGCCCACAAACAGCAUGUUCAACCUGCUAUUGCUUUCAUUCAAUACCUUAGCACCACCGCAAGUGUAUCUGGUGCGGCCGUGAACGGUAGCAGCGAUUGUGGCGGGAAUCGGUUCGCUCCGGCAUGUAUCGAACCGCAGCUGGUGGCUAAAAUCGCUGAUAUCGAGGAUCUGCCCAACCAUCCCGAGAAACUGCUCAUCGAUGUGCGUGAACCGGCGGAACUGGCUGCAACGGGACAGAUCCCCACCAGUAUUAACAUUCCGCUAAAAACCCUUCGCACUGAGCUCGGGAUCAGCUCGCAGGACUUUGAAGCGAAGUAUGGGCGCAAGAAACCUUCCACCGAUGAUCCGAUCAUUUUCAGCUGCCGUUCCGGUGUUCGAUCCGGCCAAGCGGCAAUGGAAGCAGAUCAGUUGGGCUUUCGAAACGUAAAAAAUUACGUCGGAUCCUGGUUGGAGUACGCCGCCAAGCAUGAUUUACCAGUAUAAACGCUCACACGUGCUUUUGCCAGAUUAUGAGAAAUUGUAUUUCCAACGCAUCUAUGAGAAAAGUUGCCACAAGCUAAUUAAGUAAAACUAGCUAGAGCUUGCGAUGUAAUGUAGACACUUUGUUUGUGAAUAAAGAUGUGACUGGAGAAACCUCACAAAUAUC